CGGGUUUUGCUCUUCGUCGUCGUCUUCGUUUAGUAGCGUAGGUAGCAGCAGAAAAAUAUCAAAGAAAUCUGCCAAGGGAAAUGGAAAAAAGUAUGAAUUUCGUAAUAUUGUUGAUGCCCUUACUUUAUUUAAUCACAUGGCUCAUGCUUCUCCCAGGCCUUGUAUUGUGGAAUUCAAUAAACUGUUGGGGGCUGUUGUGGGAAUGAAACAUCAUGCCGUUGUUGUUUCCCUUUGUAAACAAAUGGAGUUUUUAGGAAUACCCCGUGAUGCUUAUACUCUCAACAUUUUGAUGAAUUGUUUUUGUGAUUCGCAUAGAGUGGAUUUUGGGUUUUCGGUUUUAGGGAAAAUGUUUAAGCUCGGUUAUAAACCGCAUUUAGUUACUUUCUCUACUUUGAUCAAAGGGUUUUGCAUCAAAGGUAAAGUUGCUCAAGCCGCUAGGUUGUUCAAUGAGAUGGUUCUAACAGGGUUUCGGCCCGAUUUAUAUAUAUAUACGACGAUGGUGAAUGGACAUUGUAAAAUAGGCGAUAGCAGUGGCGCUCUUAGAAUGUUGAGAGAGAUGCAAGAAAGAGGUUUUAGGCCUGAUAUUGUAGCUUAUACUGCUGUUAUUGAUAGCCUUUGUAAGAAUAAAUUCUUAACCGAGGCUUUGGACCUUGUUUCUGAAAUGGAGGGUAAAGGCAUUCAACUGGAUGUUGUCACUUACAGUUCAUUGAUUCGAGCAAUGUGUAGUUCUGGCCAGUGGAGUGAGGUGAACAGAUUACUCAAUGAAAUGGUGAGUAAGAAUUUGAAGCCAAAUGCUGUGACUUUUAAUAUUUUGGUUGAUGGACUUUGUAAAGAAGGGAAGAUUUCUACUGCUCUAGGUGUAGUUGAAAUGAUGGCUCAUAGAGGUAUUCGACCUAAUGUUAUUACAUAUAGUGAAUUGAUAUAUGGAUAUUGUUUGCGGAAUGAGAUGGAUGGGGCAAGAAAGGUUUUUGAUUCAAUGGUUAACCAUGGAUGUGAACCUAAUGUAUUUAGUUACAAUAUCAUGGUCAAUGGAUACUGCAAAACUAAAAGGAUAGAUGAAGCACUGAAACUCUUUCAUGAAAUGACUCAAGGAGGACCAGCUCCUGACACUGUUACAUACACCACUCUUAUGGGUGGCAUGUUCCUUGUUGGGAGGCUUUCAGAUGCACAAGAACUCUUUGAGGAUAUGCAUUCCUGCGGUCAAAUUCCAAAUUUAACUACUUACUCAGUUUUGUUAGAUGGCUUAUGCAAACAUGGUCAAGUUGAUGUGGCAUUGGAACUAUUUCAGGAAAUGCAAAACAAUGAGAUGGAACCCUAUAUUGUCCACUACAACAUCAUACUUGAUGGCAUGAUUGAAGCUGGGCAUUUUGAAGCUGCAAGAAAACUAUUUUCUCACAUCUUUAUCUUUGGUUUAAAGCCUAGUCUCCCAACAUAUAACAUAAUGAUCAAGGGACUUUGCAAUGAAGGACUACCUGAAAAGGCUUAUGACCUUUUCAGGAAGAUGGAAGCAGAUGAUUGUUUUCCGAAUAACAUCUCUUACAAUAUUAUAAUACGGGGUUUCCUUCAAAGCAAUGUCCUUCCAAGAGCUAUGAAUAUUCUUCAUGAAAUGGUAAAUAAAGGGUUUUCUGCUGAUGCAUCUACAGCAGUCAUGUUAGUGAACCUAUUGUCAAUAAAUGAAGAAGAUCAACCGACUUGUGAAAAAAGUCGGGCACUGGGAUGAUCAUUAAGCAAUAAAGAGGAAGUUCUACAGGAAAUGCCAACAUUCUUGCAAGUUCCUGGAUUUAUUCAUGCGAAUGAGUUUAUUGCUGAUGAUUCUUUCAACUCAGUUUAUG